CACUCCACCCACAGAAUAUUUAAAAUAAUUAAUGCUAAUUGGAAAAACAACCAAACUUUAAAUAAUAAACCCCACCAUAUAACCUCAACAUAAGUUUCUCUCUUCUCUACCACUUUUUCUCUUCCAAAACCUUCCUCACUGCAUAAAAACUAAACAUGACUGUUGAAGCUCACCAUCUCAACAUUUUACCCUCUCAACAACACCUUCUCAAUCGGAACAUGAACACAAACUCCACCGACACAAAUUUAAUCAACAUUUACAACCACUCCCCGGAGAAUCUUAUUCCAACUCCCACUCCGUCAUACAACAACCUCUUCUUAGAAGAUAACCGCCAUCAAAAAAUCACCGACAGUAACAGCAACAGUAACGUUGUCUCGUCUUACCCAAAAGACUGGAUCAAUAACUAUCAUUUCGCAUCUUACAAGAAUAGUCUAAAUGUACACCACCAAAACACCGACACCGACAACCUCAUAUCUCUACAGAUGGAGAAGUUUAGAGUGGAACUGGAAGAAAAAAGAAAGAGAGAAAUAAGGAUGAUAAUUGAAGCAAUAGAGAUUGAAAUGACUAAGAAAAUGAAAGCUAAAGAACAAGAGAUAGAAAAACUCGAAAGAAUGAACAUGAUCCUUGAAGAAAGAGUGAAAACACUUGUCAUGGAGAAUCAAAUAUGGCGAGAAUUAGCACAAAACAACGAAGCCACAGUUAAUGCCCUCCGGAACAAUCUGGAACAAAUACUUAGGGAGAUGAAGAACGAGGGAGCGGCGGAGGAGGAUGCAGAGUCUUGUUGUGAAAUUCGGUGGCGCACGGUAGUGUUAUGUGCGCAGGAUAAAGAAGAUGGUGAAAGUGAAAAGAAGAGAUGGUGCAGGAAUUGUGGAGAAAGAGUAUCGUGCGUGCUCAUCUUGCCUUGCAGACACCUCUGUUUGUGUGAUUUAUGUGUGGCUACAGUUCAUAUUUGUCCUAUCUGUCAAUCUUUCAAAAACAGUACUCUAAAUAUUAAUUUGAGUUAAUUAUCCACCCACAAGAAAUAGAAGAUGCUAGUUUGUGUUUUUUGGUUAUAUAGUGGUA